GCCAGUCAAGGGGGGGGGCCAGGCUGCUCUAUCUGAGACUUCAGCCUCAACCAGGCAAAGGGCAAAGACACUGACCACCAUAAUCUGGUCUCUGUCUGUCUCCCCAACCUCAUCCACUGGGAGAGAAGUCAGUUUUCUGGACCAUCUCUCAAUCUCAAAAGAGUUUUUGACUUCUGGAACAAGAAAGUAAAAGUGCAGAUUUAAGUUUAGAGAAUGAACAAAGAGGUGUAGUGUUACCAGUGGUGGCUGAAGGGUUUGAGUUUUCCACAUAUCUGCAGCUCAAGUGAUUCACAUGCUGGAUUGGAAUUAAACACUGGGAUUGAAUCACACAGAGGAGUUGAGGAUCUACUGGAAAUACACAUUUUUAUGGCAACUUAAUCUGCACAAAGGAUUAACUGCUGGGAUUUAUAAUUUGAAACAAUGACGGAAACAGUAGAAGCUCGGUCGUCGACCACCACGACCACCAUGGUCAUCGACACCAAGAACGGAGACGCCGUGUCGCCACUUACGCGGACGUCCAAGAAAACUUUCAUAGAUGACCUCUACUCUACGUUCAGCUCACCGCUGGCCUGGAUCUUGGUCCUGGCCCUCGUCAUUACGUGGUCUUGUGUUUUUGUCAUCAUGUUUGAUCUGAUGGACUACAAGACGUUUUCAGGAGGCCUCACCAAGAUCGGCUCAGACCCCGUGCAUGCGGUGAACUACGCCUUGGAGGAAACAACAAACAUGUUCAGUGCAAUAUUAAAAUUUGCUGCCAACCUGGUUGCUCCUGAAGAAGACGAUGGAAAUCUAUACGCAGUGAGAAAAAAAGGAGAAUUUCUACCAUCCCGAAGUAAAGUUAUAGGGAUGCAAGCCAAGACACAACCAGUGGUUGAAGUUGCGGAGGAUGAAGAGGAGGAAGGACAAGAGGGAGAUGAAAUGGAGGCUGCUGGGGAGGAGGAGGAUGAGUAUGCAGAAGAGGAGGAAGAACUAGAGGAUGAAGAGGAGUAUGAUGAGGAUGAAUAUGAUGAGGAAUAUGACGAGGAAGACGAAUAUGAAGAGGAAGAAUAUGAGGAGGAGGAGUAUGAUGAG